UCCGCUCCGAUCCGGUCCGGUCCGGUCCGGUCCGGUCCGGGCGGGGAGAUGGAGCCGGUGACCGCCUUCCUGCGGGACGGUGUGUUAUCUCACCUGGAAACGUUGGAGGCCCGUGCGGUCGGGCUGGCCCGCCAGCAAGAGGCCCGGGAGACUCAGCGCCGGCAGCAGGAGCGCCUCGAAGUGCUGAGCGCCAAGAUCCGGGACCUGAAACGCCAGAGGGACGAGCUCAGGGCCAAGGCCAAGGCGCGGCGCACCCAGCGGCUUCCGCGGGCCGGAGCCUCCAGCCGGAGCCUGGAUCCCACCCCGUCGAGGGAGCUGACUGAGAAGGCACUUCUGGAGAUGCGACUGGAACACACCCAAGCCGUCCUGGAGGCCUUUCGCUGGACAGGAAUCAGCGGGAAGCAGACCAAGCCCGGGGCCUGCUUGUACAUCGGCACGGCCUUCGAGGGCACCCUCCUAGACCGCUACUACGUGGACCUGGUGGGCCGGGACCCUCCGCGCAUCCGCCGCCACUCGAUCCCCCCGUUCAUCCCCCUGGAGCAGCUCGCCGCCCGCUACCUGCGGGCAGACAUGCGGGGCUUCCUCUUCUGUCUCUCUCGGCACCUCAACGCCUACGCCAGCAGGAAGUAUCAGGCCGACCAGUUCCAGAGCAGGUUCGCCGCCUGCCUGACUGGCCCGAUGCAGAGGAACUCGGCCUGCAACCUGCUGUCCUUCACCUACCACCUGGAGCAGGAGGGGCAGUCCUUCCACUUCGCCGCCAAGCUGGCCUACGCGGACCCCACCUGGAGCCUGCCCACUGACGUCACUGUCACGGUGCAAGGAACCCCCUCUGCCCUGAGAGAGGAGCAGCGAGCGGCCCACGUGGCCCAGUUCCGGCAGGAGCCUCUGCACCGAGCCUUCGCCACCUUAUCCGGCCUGGGCUUGGACGGGGGAAGGCUGGAAGGGGUCUCGGAAGCGAUCCCGGGCCUCGGCCCCCAAGACGGCCCAUCUUCCGGGCUCCUGCUUAAAAACCUGGGGCCCGGGGGCUGGAUGGGGAGGGGAUCCAGCGGGGAGACAGCCGGCUGCGGGGUGCCCUGCCCUCCCUUCCCCGGGCCCAAGGGAGAGCACGCCACACGCGCUCGGGUCGAGAUUUGAAUCCAGUCACCCAGUCAGCUCUUCUCAAGUGGCGACAGGGGCCGGCGGAUGAUGCGCUCGUGGUGAGCCGUGAGAAAUGAAAUGUGGGAGAAUCUGUUUGUAGAUAGAAUAUAUUUUUUUCUUGAAAUACACAGUUAUUUUUUCUCCAA